CCUUCCAUACCUCCGAUGGCCCCCCUCCCAUACCUUCUGCUGUCCCCUCAUGGCCACCCCAGGUCCCUGUCAUCUCCCAGAACACUCCACCUUCAAAUCUUCCCAUCUCCCUCUGGCUCCCCGCAGCCCCCAGGGAGACCUCAGUGCCCAAGCACAGACCCCUCGGUGUCGACAGGAAAGUUGUUCCUUCCUGGGCUCGGGCCAGGCUAAUUCCUCUGGGGGGCCAGAGUGCCAGGCACAGGGCAGGCAGUGUGUUUCCUACAUGAUGGGCAGGAUGAAUGGAGGCCACGGCUGCAGGGACGGAUGCUGGGAGGGCACACCUGAGGGCCUGCAGCAAGUGUGGAAUGUGGACACGUAUGGGCCAACGGAGGCUCAAAGACCAGAGCUCGAGCCUAGUAACGAAUUCUUCUUUCUGGCAGCUUGGACAGGAGGACCAGACCCGGUCCCGGCCCCAACUCUACUCCAACCCCAGGCAUGCACUGAGCCCUGGCCCCGUCCCCUGUGGACCGUAUGGAGGGUGAGAGACCACGGGAUGGGUGUCCACAGUGCCUCUACGAUGCUGUCCCCCGACUCCGGCACCAUGGUGCUACCUCCUCUGGCAUCACAAUUCUGCCUCACCAGGACCACAGCCUCACCUACAGGGCCAUGGCCCUAGAGAGUGGCCACUUCCUCACUGGCUGUGAGUGUGGGCGGGGCCUCCUUCAUCACACUCGGAGAAGAGGAACCCUGGGCUUCACCAGAUGAACCUGGCAAGGGGUGGGGGUGGGCAGACCACCAGAGAGUGGUGGCCCCCACUGUACUGCAUCCCUGCGGUGCCCCCUGACAAGCCUCUGAGGGGAGGUCCCAUCUUCCCCAUUUUCCGUGAGGAGCCUGAGUGAGCAAGGGGCAGAUGCGACCCUUACCCCAGAGCGAGGUGGCUGCGUCUCCCCGCCCUCCCUGCACUCUCCUUUCACUCGUGGUUCUCAGGGGCAUUUGUCCUGGGGCCACCAGGAGAGAGGGGUCUGGCCCUCAGACUGUCCAGAAACGCCUGGUGGGGUGGGCCUCUGCCACCUGCCCCUUGCCCACACAGGGCAGGGCUGUCGCCUGCGCCCCUGACAGCUCCAGCGCCCCCGCGGCCCUGGGCGAGCCCUGUCCAAGGUUCUGAAGGAGAGGCGCUGACCCCUCGGCUGUUUUGCUGCUCACUGAUGCCCCAGCAAGGGCCAGGGAGGGUCAGGAACGACUUGGGUCUGAGAGUGCCCCUGGGCGCCCCUGAGGAGCUGUGUGUGUGUGUGUGUGUGUGUGUGUGUGUGUGUGUUUGUCCCAGUCGACAACCAGUGAGGAACUGAGGCCUCUGCCAGACGCUGUGUGAAUAAGCUUAGAAGCAGACGCCUCCUCAGUGGAACCCUCAGAUGACCCAGCCCAGCUGGCACCUCUAGUGUAGCUCAGAGCCACCCUGAGCUGAGCCCCUUCUGAGUUCCUGAUCACAGAGACCAAGUGAGGGUACAAACAGUUCCUGCUGUCUGGCACUCCUUGGUUCUGGGAAAUUUGUUGCACCGACUGGCAUGGGAUCGGGUAGGCCGCCCUCCACCUCCAGGGGCAUUCGCUCAGUAGUUUCAUGCCCCAGAGCCCCCAGUGAGACCAAUUGAAGCUGGCUUCUGACUAAGAACAAAGCCUUGCCCAGCUCUUCCCCCUCCCAGUCCUGCUUCUCCUGAGAGACUUCCUUAGUAAAGCUCUUGAACAAAAGGCCUCAUUGUAUGCUCUCCUUCCAGGGAGUCUGACCUGAGACAGUGGCUGUUCUUGGCAGGGUUGACCAUCGCUCUGCAGGAUCCUGGGUGAUGAGAGUGGUCUCCCUCUGGGGUCUUCCUCUGAAAUGGUGCUGAGAGAUGGUUCCUCGUGGGUCUCUCAUGUUUCUGAACAUGGCCAAGUUUGUUCUGCUCAGGGCUGGACCCAGCACUCCCCUCGCAGGAAUGGAAGUGGGGUGGGGGUGGGGGGUGAGUAGCAUCAAGCCAUUGAGCCAGGUCCUGAGCAGAAUAAAUGUGGUCAAUGUGGUUGAAGACCCAGGCCCUCCACCCUUGUUCUGCCAGAGCAAGAGGUAGGCUUUCCUUGGGAGGAGGCUGAGAGAGCGAGUGUGGGGACAGGUGGAGAAGGGGACUUGCCUCCCAACUUUGAUCGCAGGUGGAAUCAAGGGACCUGGGUCCCUGCUCUCACCAGGCUGGGAGCACCGACGCCAGCAGAGGGUGGGAGUCCUGGGUGCUAGAUGCACUGGAAGGGGGCUACUGUUGAUGGGGCUCCUUCGGGGCACCCACCUAGACCCCAGUCUUCUUCUCUGUGAGGUGACUGGCAGGUCCCUGCCCAGCUCCCCCCACCCUGGUGUUCCAGUUCUCGGGGUGUUUGCCCCUCCCUGAGGCUGAGCCAUCCCUGGACCCCUGCAGCUCUCAGCACUUCCUAUCUCUGGCAAAGGCCACCUGCAAACAAACCAGGAACUCCUCAACAUCAGGGUGUGAUGAAUCACCUAUGGACUUCCCCAAUGCCACCUGUCACCAAAGGAAGUCUCCAAUAAAGCAUUGUUGAGCAAAAAAAGAUAAAUCAACAUGAGGGCUCCUUGCUAAGCAAACUAGGAGUGAGAAAGGAAUCCGACUCACUAGCUGAGGGUCUGGCAGAGGAGCUUGACUCCCUGGGACCUCACACCUUAGAGUCAUCCCAUCUCUGAUCCCAGGGAUAUAUUCCUUUUGGAGCCUCUUGACCCUUGCCUGGACAGAGAAGAAGGGAACAGAGUCUUCCAGGCUUGCACAGCUGCCCACUGGCCCAUCACCUCCCCAUCCACUCCUCAGGAGUCACUCAGGUUUUUUCCUGAGACCCCAGCAGCACCAGUGAGCUCUCCUUCUGGGCUCCAGAGUCUCUGGUGCACACUUCUAGAGCCCCUGGAGGGCUGUACCCUAAAGAUCUGCUCAUGUCAGAUUCUAGGAGGACUGCAGUUUGGGCUUAUCCAUUCUUGGGCCUUCGGAGGGUGGAUAGGUGGGUGGGCCAGAGCUGAGUGGGGGAUGAAUUUCUAGAUGGGAGAGUGGAAGGUUAGGGGUAGAUAAGAUGGGUAGAUGGGAGAAUGAUCAUGGCAUUAACAGUUACACAGAUGAUGAGUGUGGCCACAAUGGGAAGUUGGGCAUGGAGUGUAUUGGUGUUGAAAGUGAUGGGGGUUGUAGUUUCAUUGUAAUUGGGUGAUGAUAAAGAUACAAGUGAUGGCAAUGAGGAUUAUGUUAAUGAAGAUGAUGAUGGGAAAGAUGACCAUGCUAGUGCUGACGAUCAUAAUGAUGAUGAUCGUGUUGAGGUGGAGGUGAUAUUAAUGGUAGCAAUGAUGGUGACAGUGGUGUUGUAAUGAAGGUCAUGAGAAUGACAGUGGUAAAAAUGGUGAUAAUCAUGACAGUGUUGUUGAACUCAUGAGGAUGAUGGUGAUGAUGGUUGUGAUGGUGAUGCUGCUGCUGCUACUAAUAAUGGUGUUGAUAUCACUAUCAAUUAUAGUGAUAGUAAUGAUGGUGAUGAUGACAGUGAUAGUGAUGAUGAUGGUGAUGAUGGCAAUGAUGAUGAUAGUGGUGGUGGUGGUGAUGGUGAUGGUGAUGAUAGUAAUGGUGAUGGUUAUGAUGGUGAAGAAGAUAUUAUCCGUCAGUGUUAAUGAUGAUGGUGGUGAUGAUGAUGAUGAUGACGGUUGUGGUGGUGAAGACAAUGAUUAUAUUAUUUUCCAUCAUAGUGUUGAUGAUGAUGGUGUUGACAAUGAUGGUGAUGGUGAUGAUGGUGAUGGUGGUGAUGAUGAUGGUGAUAGUGAUGAUGAUGAAGAUAAUGAUGGUCAUGGUGAUGAUAAUGAUGAUGAUGAUGGUGAUGGUGGUGAUGAUAAUGAUGAUGAUGAUGGUGAUGAUGGUGAUGAUGAUGGUGAUGGUGGUGAUAUGAUGAUGAUGG